AGUCAUUUUUGCCAAGGAUUGAGACACAACACUUGCGACAGCUGCCGCUCACAAAAAACGCUUGUUAAACCGGAAGUUAAACCGCAAAAUCUUGUGAAACUAGGCAACUGAGAGACAUGUCUAAGCAAUUUUUCGAGAUAGACAUACUGCGAGCUGAGCUCUUGCAAAAUCUCGAAGAUGGGAAAACCAUGACCAACUGCUUCAGUGAUAUCGCAAGGCUAGAAGUUGUGUCACGCAUAGAAGACGUUACCGAAAAGGUAGUUAGCGGUUUGUCGAAAGAAGAAGCACCGGUCUUGAUCUUAAAAAGUCGUUCUCGGUGGUCCGACGUGAGAUUUGACAAAUCUGUUGGUCUGCUUAUGACCACAGAUGGCACUGUAUCAAGACUGCGAAGUGACUGCCCUUCAACCAUAAUGAAGUUUGCACUAAUGUUGAAGGCCCUGUCAACAAUUUACAAACUUGUCCAAAGUGAUUCAUAUGUAACCAAAAGGGAUAUCUAUUAUGAUGACCCACAGCUUUUUGGAUCACAGAAGAUUUUGGAUGUCAUUGUUGAUGAUAUAUCAUGCCUACUCAGAGUUCCUCGGAGGAGCCUUCAUGUGUGUGCCACUACUAAAGGAUUAAUCUUUGGUGAUUUGUGCUACUUGGAGGAGGAUGGAACAAGGGUAGACUGUAGUUCCACUGUAGUGCCUAUAUCCUCUAGUGUCAAUGGGGUCAUGAAUAUUGUGUCAUCUGCAAAAUUUGUUUUAGUCAUUGAAAAGGAUGCAACUUUCCAAAGACUUAUCGAUGAUGACUUUUGCACUCAAUUCAAUCCAUGCAUCAUCAUAACAGGAAAAGGUGUACCAGAUGUCAACAGCAGGCUAAUGGUGAAAAAACUAUGGGAGACCCUGCACAUCCCUGUGUUUGCCUUGGUAGAUGCUGACCCACACGGGAUUGAAAUCAUGUGCAUCUAUAAGUAUGGAUCAAUUUCAAUGGCAUUUGAAGCUCCCACUCUGACUGUCUCUUCGAUGCUUUGGCUGGGCCUGUUGCCUUCAGACAUUGAGAGCCUUGGGGUGCCAAAAGAUGCUCUAAUUCCAUUAACAGAAGCAGAUGAAAGGAAGCUCAAACAUUUAAAGCAAAGACCAUAUAUUUCUUUUCAUCCUGGAUGGGAGAGAGAGAUGGAGCUCAUGCUAAGAUGGAAGCAGAAAGCUGAGAUCCAGUCACUUGUCUCCAUUUCUCCUCAUUUUCUCACUCGGGUGUACCUACAAAAUAAGUUGUCUUAUGGAGGCUGGAUAUGAGACCACACACUCUAACAGAC